AUGGACCUCCGUACCAGUGUCCAGGACGUGAUGCGAUGUGACCUGUGUGAGACCACUGUGGUACAGAUGCACUACGAUGCAUGUCUUGUCAACCUGUGUACAGCUUGUGAAUGCGACAUUCUGGUUUGCUCCGCUUGUAUUGCCUCCAAAAACCACAAAGAUCAUGAUGUCCACUUGCUAAAAGACAUUAUUGACAAAAAGAAGGCAGCAAACCAAACAGAAAUUAAUGAGUUGGAGGAAUCCAUCCACCCAACCUACCUAAAUAUAGCAGAAGAUGUACAAAAUACACUGAGUCAAGAAGGGAUCUCAGAAGUUUUUGGAAAAAUAAUUCCAACAUCGAUAUCAUCUGAUAACCAUGGUUAUAGUAUAAAAACAGUACAGGUAACAUUAGGAGCUGAAAUGUCUCUUUUACUAGAGAAGAGAACUGGAUCCUCUCCUCCAGUCAAAAAGCUGCUUGAUGAACCAAAGACUGUCACAACAAUAGACACUCCAUGGUAUGGGAACCUUUAUAGUGUAGCCUGUCUAAGUUAUGAAGAAAACUGGACAAGUGGAGAUGACAGCACCAUGAAACUCUACAGCAUCAAUCAGGGAUCACGACUCAAGUCAAUCACAACCAAGUCAGGGAAAAGACCAUCUAACAUAGCAAAAAGUGGAAAUCUAGUUUAUACUGAUUACUAUGGUGAUAGAACUGUGCACAUUGUGAAAAUUGAGAAGAUAGAGGAGGUGAUCAGACUACAGAACUGGAAACCGCGCUAUGUCUGUAGUACCUCCUCUGACGACCUCCUGGUUGUCAUGGACAGUGAUGAUUACAAUCAAAAGUACACUGGAUAUACUCCUGCUGCAAAGAACAAACCAUUCAAUCCACGAGGAAUCACUACAGACAGUCAAAGUCACAUCCUUACAGCUGAUAUUGACAAUCACUGUGUCCUCAUCAUAGACCAGGAUGGACAGUUCCUCCGUUACAUAGACUGUGGACUAUGCAGUUAUCCCCAGGGACUGUGUACAGAUACAAAUGACAAUCUGUUUGUUGCUCAGAAUGGAAACAGACAAGUGAAGAAAAUAAAAUAUCUGAAGUGA